AAUCCCAGCACAGGAGGCAGGACUGUGACGUCAUUAUUUUGCACGUUUAGCCUCGUGUAUUUUUUUUUAACAAUAAUAUUAAUGUUUUUGUGAGUAAUAUUUAAUCAUGAUCGGUCAUCACUGGGUUCAGAAAUGUUUGUUAUCUCGACGUGUUGGUGCUGUGGUGACAACGAUGCGUAAAAUAACCCUGGAGACUCCAAAUGGAUCUAAACACACGACCUUGAUGAGAACAUCAACAUUUCAGAGUGUAACAAACUUACACACUUCUGUUUGUCAGGGUCGCGAUCUGCUGAAGAAGAUGUUCACUAACAAGAGGAAGAAAAAGUGGUAUGAAACUCCUCAGGUGUUUCAGUCUAUAAUCACAGAUCAGUCUGGAUUCACCAAACCUGCCAAGAAAAGAAGCAUGGAGGACAGUUUACGUGUGAGAACCCUGAACACUAUCCUGUAUAAGUCCAUCUCAGAUCUGCUGUCAUCUCAUCAGGUUAAUGCACAGCUACCUGGCUACAACGUGGAGAUCACUAAAGUUUCAUUGCUAGCAGAUUACUCUGUUUGUCGGAUCUACUGGAAGACAAGUUUGUCCUCUGAGAGAGACAGUGAGAUUCAGCAGAAUUUGGACAAAUGUGCCCCAAGAAUACGAUACCUCCUCACCUCACAGCAGAUCUUGGGCAGUGUUCCUCCGUUAGUUUUUGUACUAGAUAAACAGUAUGCAGCUCUGAAAGAGGUGGAAGAUCUUCUGAAGAUGGCUGAUUUUGGCCCAGCUGAUGACUCAGAGAAGCUUGCCCUUAAUGAGAAAGAUGACGAGACGAGCGUGCACACGGCGAAGAGCAAGAGAGUCGUGUUUGGCGUCGAUCGUGAUGCGCUCUAUAAACAGAUCGAGGACUAUAAACAGCGGUCAAAAGACUCUAGCUCACAGAUCAGCUGCUCGGCCUCUCUAACUCAAGAGCAGCUACAGAUGUUAGCAGAAAUCAGGAAGCAGAAGCUGAUUGAGAAAAAGAAGCGCAAAGCGAAGAAGAUGACAGAUGAUGACAUCACACCCAAAGAGUUUCUGCUCAUGAGGCAAGUUCAGAAAGACCAGGAUGAGCAGUAGGACACCGAGCACGACUCUGAGAGCAGUCAGGCCUCGGCGGACAUGACGAACACGAGCAGUCACAGAGAAUUUUAUCUUGAUUUGAUUUCAAGUUGAAAUACAAGUUGAUACAAAGAA